GAAUUCAAUAUGAGAACGAUGGCAUCGCACCAUUCAUCUGGCAGAUGGGAAGAGUUGCGCAAAGAAGCUAGUCAAGUGGAGAACGAGCUUUACAUCAAACUUGUCUCAUUCAGUAAGUUGGGAGCCAGUUACAGUCACCACGAGUCUCUCACAGCGGGUAGAUCCGACGGAUCCGGGAGCUCACAGGCUAGUGCAGAGUCAUCAGGACGCAUGUUUGAAACAAUGUCUUUGGAAAUCGAGCAGCUGAUGAACAAGUUGACAGAGGUCAACGACACAAUGCAAGAGCAUGUAAACCAGAUGACAGAGACGGCACCCACGCCAACAAUGCUGCACAUGCUUCAAAGACACAGAGACAUCCUUCGAAACUAUUCACAAGAGUUUAGUAAAACAAAGACAAACAUCAAGGCUCAUCAAGACAGAGAAGACCUUUUGGGUUCUGUUCGACGAGACAUCAGUGAAUAUAAGGCGUCUGCUGGUGGUUUGAACAGACGGACAGACAUGUAUCUAAAGGAGAACGAGCACUUACGAAAUUCAGAACGACUGACUGAUGAAGCGAUAAGUGUUGCCAUGGCUACUAAAGAGAAUCUAACCUCACAGAGAGGAGUCUUUGGCAACAUUGGCAACCGCCUCUCUGGAAUGACAAGUCGUUUUCCUCUUGUGAACAGUCUCGUUCAACGAAUUCAGGUGAAAAAGAAGAAAGACUCGUUGAUCCUCGGUGGAGUUAUUGCUGUGUGUAUUAUAAUAUUGUUACUGUAUGCGUUUUAGUUAGAAAAUUGAACUCACAAAAACAGUAAGACAUAGUUGUACUGUAUUUAUAUUGCGUUUGUAUACGAAGUUUAGACGUGCCAGCUACAUACAGUCAUAUCAUGGUCUGG